AAGGAAUAUGGACGUCUGCAUGCGGCUAUUUUAGGAGCAUUAGUAAAGCCAAUGUACACUUUGGGAAUAGGAAUUGGAAUUUUAGGAAUGUCUUAUAAUUUGGGAGGCAUAUUCAAGAAGGUUUUUGAAAAUAGGUAUGCUGUACUGUUUAGUAAUUUUUCAUUUUCCAUUUACAUAACCCACAUGAGCUUUCCUCUAAUGAGACACAGUUAUGUGCUACCUGACGUCGACUAUUUUGUCGUAGUUAAAGACUACAUUUUUGUGAUACCAGCAUCAUUGGCUUUUGGAAUACUGAUUACUUUAGUAAUAGAAGAACCGCUGCUUUCCAUUCAGAAAAAAAUAGUUCCUCAAAUUAAAAAAUAUGACGGCGCAGAAAAUAAAAAUAAUUAAGGAAAUGAUAAAUAUGUGGUGUAUUUAUAAUUAGAAAUGUUU